UUGGGUGAGAUUCUUCUAAACGCGACCCGCAAGCCCCGCCCUCUGUGCAGAGCAGCUCCGCGCACGCCGCCCAGGUCUAGGUGAGGGGCGGUGAACCACAUUUCCCAGCGGGCCCUGCAGGUCUCCCGCGCCUGCGCACUGGCAGCCCAGGCAGGUAGGCAGAACUCCCGCGCUACCCAGCCGCCGGGGUUCGUCUCCCCGGGUCUCUGCCCCCCGCAUGGAGAGGGUCUCGGUGGCCGCCGGCAGCGCGGGCGUCGGCAAGGCCGAGGGCGCUGGAGCCAUGCCGCCCCCGCCUGCCGUCUCCCCGCCUGCUCUCACCCCGGCACCCGCAGCGGGUGAGGAGGGCCCGCCGCCCUUGCCCGAGGCGGGGGCUCCAGGCUGCUCGGGCUCCCGGCCCCCGGAGCUGGAGCCGGAGCGCAGCCUGGGCCGCCUGAGGGGCCGCUUCGAGGACGAGGACGACGAGUUGGAAGAAGAUGAGGAGCUGGAGGAAGAGGAGGAGGAGGAGGAGGAAGAGAUGAGCCACUUCUCGCUGAGGCUGGAGGGGGGUCGGCCGGACUCCGAGGACGAGGAGGAGCGCCUGAUUAACCUCUCUGAGCUGACACCAUACAUCUUGUGUUCCAUUUGCAAAGGUUACUUAAUAGACGCAACUACCAUUACAGAAUGUCUUCAUACGUUUUGUAAAAGCUGCAUUGUAAGACAUUUUUACUAUAGCAACAGAUGUCCAAAAUGCAACAUAGUAGUACAUCAGACACAACCUCUUUAUAACAUAAGGUUGGAUCGACAAUUACAAGACAUAGUGUACAAAUUAGUGAUCAAUCUAGAGGAAAGAGAAAAAAAGCAAAUGCAUGAUUUCUAUAAAGAAAGAGGUCUAGAAGUACCUAAACCUGCUGUUCCACAGCCAGUUCCCUCAAGCAAAGGAAGAUCUAAGAAAGUCUUAGAAUCAGUGUUUCGUAUUCCACCUGAACUUGAUAUGUCUUUAUUACUAGAGUUCAUUGGUGCUAAUGAAGGCACGGGACAUUUUAAGCCCUUGGAAAAGAAGUUUGUCCGAGUUUCGGGAGAAGCAACUAUUGGGCAUGUAGAAAAAUUCCUCAGAAGAAAAAUGGGCCUUGAUCCAGCUUGUCAGGUAGAUAUCAUCUGUGGUGAUCACUUGUUGGAGCAGUAUCAAACUCUAAGGGAAAUCCGUCGUGCAAUCGGUGAUGCAGCAAUGCAGGAUGGUCUGCUGGUCCUUCAUUACGGUCUUGUAGUUUCUCCCUUGAAAAUUACUUGAAGAUUCUAGCAGCAUUUGGAGGAGGGAAACAAAAUAAGGAGGCUUCUGCAGGAUUGCAUUUCACCAAAGAUUUCAUUCGGUCUUGUAGUUUCUCCCUUGAAAAUUACUUGAAGAUUCUAGCAGCAUUUGGAGGAGGGAAACAAAAUAAGGAGGCUUCUGCAGGAUUGCAUUUCACCAAAGAUUUCCACAAAACAUGUAAUUGCUACCACUUUGUGCUGUUUGAGGCAUAACUUACCUAUUUUCAGCACCAAGAUUCAUAGCAUUUAUAAGUACAAUUUGGAAUGAUGGAAUGCUUCUGUUUUACUAGAGACUAUAUAAAAAGCAUCAAUAGCUCAGGGGGAAAUUUUCAAAGCAUUAAAUUUUUAAAUUCCUUAUGAUUUCAAAUACUUUGACAUUGAUUUUGCUUCCUAACCUUUGAGGUAAAUCGGUUACUAUUUUCUUCUUUGUUGAGCCAUAUCCCUUUCAGGUUGGUGGUUAGGAUUCUGCUCUCUGGAAUCAUAUCAGUUGGGCAGUCAUCCUUUUGGAAAAGAAGUAUGCUUUUGAACUAAAGAUUCAAAGCCAGUCUUUGCUGAAUUACAGAGUGUACCUCUCAGACAAAGACCAAAACUAUUGACCACUUUUGUAUGUUGCCAUUGUACUUUGAACUUACAUCUUUCAUUUACCAGCAAUACUACAGAGAUGAUAUUUACUUCUAAAAGGGAUGAAUUCUCAUUUUGUGUGAAGAGCUGUCUCCUGCAGGGUUUAUGGCCUAUACCAUAAGCCUUCACUGUACUAAAGACUUCUUUAAAAUAUCUUACAACAAGGGGUGCCUCUUUGAAACAUUUUUAUUCUUUGAAUGUUAAUUUGAUUAACAUUAAUUUUAUUUGAACAUGUAGUUUGUCAAUACCUUGUAAUGCCACUGCUUCUGAAAGUAAUAAAGAAACUUGAGUACAUUUGCAAGUUUACAGAAUACUUAUUCAUUGAUUCCUCAGUAAGUCAACUUAAUGUCUGUUUUCCCAUUAUUUUGUCACUGGGAUAAAGAAUACGGGUGUUUGAGAGUUUACUCACGUGCAAAGAUUUCAGUUUUAAAUGUUAUUUUGCCUAAAAUUAGCAUUGUGAUGCUUUCUAAAAAGAUAUUUUAUAGACCCUAUUUCAGUAUAAAAUUUCCAACUCUGCAUAGAAACAGUUACAAAUGAAUAAGGUUUGGCAAUUGUUUUGUAAAGAAUUUGUGAAUUGUGUAUAAGUCUGUCUAACAUUUAAUAAAAAUUUUUAAUAAAAGUU